GUGCAGUCGAUUUAGGGGAAUCGAUUGACAGUUUGCAGAGCGCAGACGCAAUCUGCCAGCAUCCUCAUCUGUAAACUUAUGGGUUCAUGUCAUGUGUCUUCUCACACUGUCUUGUGAUAUGAGGCUGUAGCGGGGAGGGGUUAAGACUGAGCCAGUGGCCCGGCUGCUAUGUCCUCCCCGGGUGCUCCGCCUGCCUCCACCUCUCUCACAGCUCCCGCUGGUGGCGGUGAUGCCCCGACCGCCAUGGCGCCUCAUCCAUCCGAGCAGGCUCUGCUGGCCUCAGACCGCCACGCCAGGCUCAUCCUGGCCCAGAUGAACAAGAUGCGGCUCCGCACAGACUUCUGUGAUGUGGUGCUGCUGGUGGGUGGCCGUGUCUUCAAAGUACACAGGCUGGUGCUCGCAGCCAGCAGCCCGUACUUCUCUGCUCUGUUUGCUGGGGGGAUGAGCGAGGUUGAUAAGGACGAGGUGCAGAUCUUAGGAGUGGAGGCUGAGGUCUUUGAGGUCCUGCUGGAUUUCAUAUACACAGGCAUGAUCAAUGUGACUGUGGACAACGUUCAGGAGCUAAUGGUGGCAGCAGACAUGCUCCAGCUGAGUGAGGUGGUGUCUAUCUGUGGAGAGUUUCUCAAGGGCCACAUGGACCCUUCCAACUGUGUGGGCAUCUUCCAGUUCCUGGAGCAGAUUGCUUGCAUGGACAUGCUGGAGUUCACUGAGAACUACAUCCAUGUUCAUUUCCUGGAGGUGUGUGUUACCGAUGAGUUCUGGGGCCUGUCGAAGGAUCAGCUGGUGAGGUUGCUGCGAAGUGAGGAGCUGAGAAUUGAAGAUGAGUACCAGGUGUUCACUGCAGCCAUGGAUUGGGUUCUCCAAGAUGUGGCUAAAAGGAAGAAACACGUGGUGGAGGUGUUGGAUCCAGUCCGCUUCCCGCUACUUUCUCCACAGAGGCUGUUCAAGUACAUAGAAGGCAUUACCGACUUCAGCCUGCGGGUGGCACUGCAGACUCUGCUGAAAGAAUACACUGAAGUCACCAAGUCUCCCAAAGAAAAUAAGAUGUACAGUCUGUUACAGCCCGCCAAGAUGAGGCCCAGAAGAAAAGCCAGGAAAUACCUCUAUGCCAUAGGAGGCUACACUCGGCUGCAGGGUGGCCGCUGGAGUGACAGCCGGGCGCUGAGCUGUGUGGAGCGCUUCGACUCCUUCAACCAAUACUGGACCACUGUGUCCUCUCUGCACCAGGCCCGCAGCGGGCUGGGGGUCGCUGUACUGGAGGGCAUGAUCUAUGUGGUGGGAGGGGAGAAGGACUCAAUGAUUUUCGACUGCACAGAGAGAUAUGACCCCGUGAUGAAGCAGUGGGCCGCUGUUGCCUCCUUGAACUUUCCUCGCUGUGGAGUCGGUGUCUGCCCCUGCCAUGGAGCUCUUUAUGCACUUGGUGGCUGGAUCGGCUCAGAGAUAGGGAAGACCAUGGAGCGCUACGACCCAGAGGAGAACAAGUGGGAGGUCAUCGGCAGCAUGGCAGUCCCCCGAUAUUACUUUGGCUGCUGUGAGCUACAAGGAUUAAUCUAUGUGAUUGGGGGGAUCAGCGACGAGGGGAUGGAGCUACGUUCGGCCGAGGUAUACGACCCCAUCUCCCGCCGCUGGAGCGCCCUGCCUGUCAUGGUCACACGACGAGCCUAUGUGGGCGUGGCCUGCCUCAACAACUGCAUCUAUGCUGUUGGCGGCUGGAACGAGGCGCUGGGGUCUCUGGAGACGGUGGAGAAGUACUGUCCCGAGGAGGAGAAGUGGGUGGAGGUGGCACCCAUGUCGACGGCGCGGGCGGGCGUGUCAGUGUCAGCAGUCAACGGGCUGCUGUACGCCGUCGGGGGCCGAGCCUCCAGCAGAGACUUCUCAGCACCGGUGACGGUGGACUCUGUGGAGAUCUACGACCCUCACCUGGAUACCUGGACCGAGAUCGGCAACAUGAUCACCAGUCGCUGUGACGGUGGGCUCGCCGUGCUCUGACAGCCGUGAACAUUCAGACACAAACUGCAAACAUCCCAAUGAAUGCCACAAUCCUCCCUGUAUGGUCUUAACUGCUUGGCUGGAGCGAUUUCACCAGCAACCUGUGUUGUUUAACGUACUUCACCACCAUCCAUAAUCUAUCCACAUCCAUGUCCUAUCCUCAGUGAGCCACUGAAAAGAUCUGAGCGUGUUCUUUCAACUGAAGAAAACACAGGAUGGUUUAGAUGGCUUCUCUGUUUUUUCGUCCAUGCCAUUUUACCUCCAUUUCACUUGACAUUUAACCAACAACAAAUCUAUAACUGGAAAACUGCCUCCACUCCAACUGUUACAUGACCCACCCAUAUAUUGUGUUUAUUACCAGUUUACUAAAAAAGAAAAAAGAAAAAAAAAAAAAAAAACAAUAUCAGAAAGAGCAGUUUUCUUCUGUACAUUGUUCUCUUGUGUAUUUGAAGACAAAGGCAUCCUUAUGAUGAAGAUGAUUUUGCACAGCGGAGGAAUACUAUCUUUGAUGGACCAAAGGGUGUUUCAUGUUGAGUGCCAGACUCCUUUGGGACUACAGUCUCUGAAAACAUGUCAUUACUUUGCCGUCAGCAGUUUGCCAGAAUGCACACAAUGAAAAGAUUCACUUAUUGGAUAAGAUGUGAAUGCACUAAGAUUUAUGUCUGAGGUACUUGGGUUGCUACUUUGAGCCUAUUUGAUAAAGGAAGCAAAAUUCUACUGGAUUUUUGUGAUCAGCUUCUCUGGAACAUGAGCUCUGUAAAUCUUGUGGAGUGAAGCACACGACUAAUGUAACAUCAGUACUGUUGUGACUGUUUUCAUUUAACCUCACAGGCUGAUAUUGUACAUAUGUACUUUAAUUGGUGCCUUUUUAGACCGUAUUUAACGCUUAUUCAAUCAAGAGAUGGGUGUUUUUAUCAUUUCACUGAUUGUUGGCACUUGGAACUACUAGAAAGUGCAUUUACAUUUCAGCCCUUUAAUGUGGAGAUGCACAGCACAGCAAUUAAAAGGCAACGCACAUGUACAGCAAUGUGUUUACCUCCUUGUUUUGUGAUAAAUAACAUGUUCCUUCUGCAUCUCAAGCUGAGUGGUGUUGCUGUAGCAGUAGCUCUUAUCAUGUCUAUCCAACAUUGAUGGUGAACAGUAGUAACAGCAUUACCUUUUUCGUUUUCUGAGGACAUUUUUCAAAACUAAUUUUAUGACAUUUGUGCAUGUUGGGUUUGGUAUGAGUGUGUGUUCCCUCUUUUUUUUCAUUGAAGAAGCUUGAUAUAACUGUAAUAACUUGAUAUUGUGAAAUUUUCACAAGUUUUGUUUGGACGUUUUGCACAGCUGUACACAGACUAUCACUCAUCUAACACACUGCAGUGAGGUAAUAAAGAGGAAAGAGUUUACUGUUGAAA